AUGGAGAUUGAUCCCUGGCAAGCAAAUCCUGUCGACUACGCCACCAAGUGGAGUAGUCUUCCAAAAUUGUCAUCUGAAGACAGGUGGUUCAAUGGUCCUGACUUUCUACAGCGCCCUGAAGAUGACUGGCCGCAACCGAACAAUCACGAAGAUUCGACCGACAAUGAACUACGUACAUCGCUCCUAGUACACCACACUCUUCCGAAGUCAGUGCUCUGCGUCAACAACCCGACUUGGGAGAGACUGCGCAAGGUUGUCGCAUACAUCCACCGAUUCGCCGAUAAUUGGCUCAACAAAAGCCGAGGAUCACCUACAGCAACCGGUUCAUUUGAGGCGAAGCAACUCCUCAAAGCCGAACGUACCAUUAUUCGACUCUGCCAACAAGAAUUCUACCUCGAUGAGAUGACGACGCUCCAACCAAACGACCCGAAACCACGAUGA